UAUCAUCUCAUCUACAAUUACAGAGGCCCUUGCCACCACCUCUAGAGUCUGGUCACCAACGUCGAACCACCUCUAAAUUUAUCCCCAAAAACAAAAAGGAAAAAAGAAAAAAAAAAUGAUCCCUGUAACCUCCUCAAUCAUUCUCUCUCUUCUCCUCUCUCUACUCUUCACCCCUUCGGCCUCCGAGGUUUCCAUUUCUGUAUCACCACAAACCCUCUCCAAAUCAGGCGACCCAGUCACAAUCCAAUGGUCCGGCGUUGAUUCUCCCUCAAAGCUCGACUGGCUCGGCAUCUACUCACCCCCCAACUCCUCCUCCUCCGACUUCAUCGGCUACCUCUUCCUCUCCACAUCCCCAACCUGGCAAUCCGGGUCGGGUUCCACCACCAUCCCCUUAGUCAACCUCCGAUCCAACUACCACUUCCGGAUCUUCCGAUGGACCGAGUCGGAGAUCAACCCCAAGCGCCGGGACCACGACAACAACCCCUUGCCUGGCACCAAGCACCUCCUGGCACAGUCCGCCGAGCUCGGGUUCGAACCGGGUCGGGGGCCCGAACAGGUCCAUUUGGCUUUCACGGGUCGCGAGGAUGAGAUGAGGGUGAUGUUUGUGAGCCAAGAUGGGAAGGAGAUGUUGGUGAAGUAUGGGUUGAGGGCUGAUGCGAUGGAUCAAAGUGUGGGAACGCGGGUGGGUCGGUAUGAGAGAGAGGACAUGUGUGAUGCACCUGCCAAUCAGAGUGUUGGGUGGAGAGAUCCUGGGUACAUUCAUGAUGGGGUCAUCACCAAUUUGAAGAAAGGAAAGAGGUAUUAUUACAAGGUUGGAAGUGAUUCAGGAUUGGGUGUGAAGUAA